AUGGUUGACUCUUCACCUGCCUCUAUUAGACCAUACUUACGUUUAAUGAGACUAGAUAAACCAAUUGGAACUUGGUUGCUAUUGUAUCCUUGUUUGUGGAGUUUAGGAUUGGCAGAUAUUAAUUCAUUAAUACCAUCACCAUAUUAUGCAAGUUUAUUUGCAAUAGGUUCGAUUAUAAUGAGAGGAGCAGGAUGUACAGUUAAUGAUUUAUGGGAUAGAGAUUUUGAUAAAAAGGUGGAAAGAACUAAAACCAGACCUAUUGCAAGUGGAGAAAUAUCAGUGAGAAAUGGUAUAAUAUUUUUAGGCGCCCAAUUGUUGACUGGAUUGGCUGUUCUUGUCCAAUUUAAUAUGUAUACUAUUGCAGUAGGAGCCAGUUCAUUAUUCUUAGUUUUUACUUAUCCUUUAAUGAAAAGAAUAACUUAUUGGCCACAAAGUUAUUUGGGAUUGACUUUUAACUGGGGUGCUUUUGUGGGCUAUUCUGCUCUUGCUGGUUUUUGCGAUUGGUCAAUAGUUGUUCCACUUUAUUUAGGAAGUAUUGCUUGGACAAUUGUUUAUGAUACCAUUUACGCCCACCAGGACAAGAAAGAUGACAAACAAAUUGGAGUCAAAUCAACUGCCUUACUUUUUGGAGAAAGAACAAGAGAAAUUUUGACAGGAUUUUCCUUAAUUUUUGGUGCCUUGAUGACUAUUACUGGUUAUAAUGCUGGAUAUGAUUUUAUCGAGCAAUGGCCAUAUUACACAGCUGUUUAUUCUUCUCUUUUGGCAGCUGUUUACAAAAUUCAUACCAUUGACUAUAAUAAUUCUGAACAAUGUAUGAAAACUUUUGUUCAAAACAAAUGGAUUGGCUUGGUAAUAUUUAUUGGUAUUAUUCUUGCAAAUCUCACUAAAAGAAAGAAGCAAGCAGAUAAUCAAACAGAAAAAGUGGAAGCCAAAUAA